AUGGUGCUCCCACUUGCCUUACUUCUUGCCUUGGGGCUCCCAGUGGUGAAUGCCAGUGUCACUAAUGUCACCGCUGAUCUUCCACGCCGCCGUUGGACCUAUAGUUUGAAAUGCCAUGACUGUGCUGCCAUAAAUGACUUCAAUUGUCCCAACGUUAGGGAAUGUCCAUAUGAAAUAAGGCGCUGUUUGACAGUCUCUAUUCGUAUAAACUCUCGUGAACUACUCGUUUACAAGAACUGUACAAACAACUGCACAUUCGUGUAUCCAAGUCAACAGGUUCCUGAAGCCCCAAGAAGACCCUUCAGAACGAAUAGUUUCUAUUUUGUUCGCUGCUGUAAUGGCAUGCGCUGCAACGAAGGAGGACCUACUAACUUGGAGAGGGACAUGUUACCCGAUGAGACAACUGAGGAGGAGCUGCCAGAAGGAACUGUGCAUUUGGGGGGGUCAGGAAUUUUCCUGAGCUUUGCCUCCAUCGUACUCAGCAACGCACUGACGUGA